AUGCAAGCAAGUGUAAGUCUUGGUAAAGAUGUUAUACAGACGAUAAGUAAAUUUUUAGGGGAUGGCUUCCUUCCGUUUAAUUCCAGACGAUCCUUAACACCUAUGCAAGAGGACAAGAUCACAGAAAUGGUUAAAAUGUCGUUACUAUGCCGCGAUUUAGGCUAUUGUCAAGGUGAACUUCGAAAAUUUAUUGAUGAAUUUGUAAUAAUGCAAGCAAAAGGCGUUGAGAACAUACUUACCACAUUGUUAUCUAAAAGUUUUAAUGGUGACAUCUAUGAUCAGCAGUUAAAACAUAUCUUAGGAAAAGUGAGAUUUAUUUUAAAAGAAGAAAGCGCAUCUGAAAAAGAUGAAAUGAACAUUUGGUUUGAAACUGUAAAGAAAAUAAGCGGUAAAUUUCAAGAAAUGGCACUGCAAUGCCUUGCACAAUUAAGUAACAGUGCGUAUGAUGUAGAUAAAACAAUCUAUCAAAAAUUGAUGUUGGCAACUGUUAUUAUCGAAAUGAAGUACUUAUUAAAAUUAUGUGCUAUCCACAAUAUUUGUGUUAAAACAUACGAGUGCACCACUAGUUUAAAUUCUUUAUUAGAUCAUUUAAAAACUAUGAAAGACGAAAAGGCCAGGCUUUUUAUCAAGUACGUCUACGAAGCAUUAUAUAAAACACAAUUUUAUAGUUCUUUAACCGAAACGACAGCUCAUGAAUUCCAAGUUAUUCUAAGUGACAUGGCAUAUUCAAGUAACGUACCAACUCAAGAAAUAUUAUCUGUGGUACACAAAAUAGUUGGAGCCCGCGUAAAGUUUGUCACAGAUAAUACAGACGAGAAACUGUCUCUUGAUAGUCUAUUACUUCAUGAAAUUUUAUCAGACUUAGAUAAUAUUUAUAGUGGUAAAUCCAAUCCGUUUGCUGAGUUUUUAAAUCAAUUUUUUAUAUGGAUUGUUCGGGAUGACGACUUUCACCUAAGUAAGCAUAUACAGGAACUUUUGACAGAAAUCGGUAAGGACCUGUCAAACACGCCGAGAGAAUUAUUUGACAAGUUAUCGCGCGAAGUUAGAUUAUUUUUGGAGAUGACUGUUGACCCGGAAUAA